AUGUCAGUUAUCGUCCGUGAUGAGAAAGGGCAGCUUCUUCUACUCUGUAAAGGUGCUGACAGCAUAAUUUUUGACCGGUUAUCCAAGAACGGAAAAACUCAUCUAGAAGCCACUUCCAAGCAUUUGAAUGGAUAUGGUGAAGCAGGUUUACGCACGCUGGCGCUUAGUUAUAGAAAGCUGGAUGAGACUGAGUAUUCGGUAUGGAACAGUGAAUUUCACAAAGCCAAAACUUCAGUCGGAGCUGACAGAGAUGAAAUGCUUGAAAAGUUAUCUGAUAUGAUGGAGAAGGAAUUGAUUCUUGUCGGUGCUACUGCAGAAAGGGGUAUGAAGCAAAUAUCCAUAGCACUAAUAAAUGAAGAGAAAUUAAUCAUCCCAAGACCCCGAGGUUGUAUGUAUUAG